AUGCGUGAGAGAAGACCUGGGGAACAAGACGAGCUACAAACCUACAGACCUCCAGCGUCCGCAUCAGGUGCUGCGAUGGCAGGAGGAUCUUCUUCUUCCUCGAUGAUGAUGAAUGUGGACGGAAUAGAAGGUCGAUCGGAUGAAAGACAGCGGACUGGUGGAGCUAGAGUGAUAAUUAUUAUGGAUGAAAAUGCAAGUGGUUGACGAGGACGUUGAGCUUGAGGUUAGCGUUGUAAGUACAUUGCUGCGACCUCGCUGAAUUAGAAUGUCUUCGAUGACCUCCAGGACCACCUGCUAUAAGGAAAAAGAAAACGCAUCUAGGUAUUGGUUUUCUGAAUCUUAUCAAUCUGACUGCAUCUCUCAUGUAAUAUACUAUCGGUGGAGCACACCUAACUAGGAAACAAAAAAACCAAAAGAAUCAAGUAGUCCAAAUAUCUAUACUUUUACUUCUAACUUACGAGAAGACCAACCAGUAGCGGAGCAAGCAGCUGUGCUGCGUUCUCCUCCAAGACCGGCAGGUGCAAAACCAGCUACUGUAACUCCUACGGAAGAUGAGAUGUCAACAGUCGGAAACAACCGGGUGGAUGCUGCUGAACAAGUGAUGUUGGAUGUUGAGAAGAUAUUGGGAGAGCAGAAGGAGAGCAGGAGAAAAACAAGCGUCAGCAGAUCAUCUGCACAACCAAGACUGUGGAAGACAACAAAUAAAAUAAGAAUUACCACAUUUUUGCAUUCUUCACUUCUACCAUUCUUGACUCUUUAUACCUUUGGACAUACUGUUGGAAGAACUGUAUCAUCCCGCAGGUAGGCUUGAAGGACUACUUGGGAUGCGAAUGAAUGAAUGGAAACAAGUCAAGGAUCUCCUGAGGAAUGCAAAAGGUCGCGACAACCUCGAAAGAGAGUGAAGAAUCUGCUGAGGGUGCGGGGUGAAGGUGAAGCCAAA